UAGUGUAUAAACUGUGGCCGGAAUGUCGAAACGUUCGGGAUAUUUUCAGCUGAAGCAACCGCUAGCGUCCAAGAAACCGAAACUCGACAUCGAAAUCAUACCCAGCCAGCAGUACCAUCCGGUACAACCCAGCACUUCGAAAGCUACGAAACCUAAUGCACCAAAUGGUGCCGUUAAAAGCUCGGUAGAAAAUCUAUGGGACGACGACGAUGAUGACAUUAUUGUGCUUGCCUCACAAGCCGUCGAAGCGUUCGAGGCGGACAUUACGUUCGGCAAGUUCAGUCGGAGCGUAAACUCUAGCACGCAACUUACGACGGAAGUCGUCACGACCGGUCACGGCAGAACCAAAGGUCCGGUCAAGGUACCGGACAAACUGGUGGCAGAACUGUUUGCGGACGGCGAGGAUGACUUGUUUUCGGAAAAGUUGGACGAUAAUUAUCGAACCUUUGAUAACGCAAUCAACGACUACUUCAACAACAACGAUGAUGACUUCAAUCUGGAUGAGUUCCGGCAGCAGCAACAGGCACCGCUGGUUGGUGGUAGGCGUGAGUCUGUUCCGGCUAACGAUGUUCUCUUCGAGGAAGAGUUUAAAGUACCACCAACACCACCGGUAGUGAAGUUGGAGGAAGAAAUGGUGGGAAAACUGAUUCCUAAACAAGAAGAAACGCCUUUCAUUUCGCGACUAGGGAAGUUCAGGCCAAAAACAUCAUCCGUACAAUCAUCUAAAGUUAUACCACCUACUCCUACUCCACCACCACCGGCUCCUCAAGCAGUACCAUCCGUAACGGCAAAAGUACCGUCCACUCAAAAGCAAGAGCAAGCAAAAGACAUUCAGGUAAAAUUUCUCACCAAACACGUCGAACAGCUGGUGAAGAAAGUGGACAGCUUGCAGAAGGAUUUUAACGAAGCGGUAGAAAAGGUCCAGGUAAAGGAUGGUGAAGUUUCCAUGUUGCGGUACGAGCUUAAAAUGGUCAAAACCACCAACGAGCAGCUACGGUUGGAGAAGAUCCGGGAAAAAGAAACGAUCCAGAAGGAAUGGAUCGAAAAAAUGAACAAUCUCGAGAAAACUAUCUCAGCGCAGAAGGUGGAGAACGAAUUUAGGGAGAUGGAGAUAAUGAAUCUAAAAACGAAGCGUCUUCAUGCUUCGCUACGAUCUGUGGACGUUCCGUCUACUUCGACAGCGCCGGAACAGGUCACCAUAACGGAGGAUAGCUUCCUUCUGUCCGAUAUGAUGCCGAGACUUGCGCUCACAGAACAGGUGGACCACCAGCACGAAGCGCUCCAUAUCGAUCCGCUGCUGUUCGUAAAUCCAACCGACAGUUCCGCCCAAGGACGCAAGCUGCGAAAAUAUUCUCGAAUCACACGGAACGAGUUUGCGAUUGCUGAUCAGCUCGUUUUGCUGCAAACCAUCCUCUCGCAGUUGCUUGGCGACGCCUCUUCCUAUGGUGUUGGGUCGGAAAAGCUACUGAUAACGGCGGAUAAGUACCCUAUCGUAGCCAUAGCAACGGAGAAAGCUUUAAACGAGAUCGUGCUGUACUGUCAACGGUUGGGACAGCAGAACGAAGCUGAAUUAAGGGCUAGUAGCGCAUCCGGGCGAUCGAGUGAACGAAGCGUACAAGGGCGUCAAAGGAGUAAGAUGGAGCUUAGUGCACCGGUCAAUAUUUUUCAGCAGGAAAAACUAUUCGUUGGUGAGCAGGCGAUCGUUAUACGGCGUUUCCUAGCGCUGGCAGGCUUGUACUGUAGAAUAUCGGAUCAAUUGAUUGUCGAAGGAUUGCUGAAGAAAGGGCUAGUGUCACGGCUGGCGAGUGAUAUCAAAAAAAUUAGCAAUGCUAGCUUCCUGAUCGCACUGCACGGCAUGAUUACGGGUGCAGCAGCUUUUCUAAAUGGGAUUAGCUUCCGUUCGACCAGGAUCAAACAGUACGGCGAAAAUGGUCCCCAGCUGAUCGAACUCUUCCGCUCGAUCGUACUCUGUCAAACCGAUGCACCAUCCUCACUAGUCGAGCUGUCCGACUUUCUACGCCGCCUGUCACAAAUCACGGGUGGAACCGCAAACAACCUACUAAACCGUCUCUGUAUUAGUCAUCAACCGGUCGAAAAUCAGCCGGCCCGUAGGCAGUAUCGAUUAAAAUCGAUCAGCUUUUCCCAGGAAACCUGUACGCUGCAGAUGUACGCAGCACUGCUGGAAGCUUCCGUUCGGCAACAUGUACCGUACGAAGGAUGGCAGUUGAAACCGUUGCUGAAAAACACCGAAAAUACAAUCCAUUUCCUCAGAAAUGUGCUGCUGCAACCGGUCGGAUGGAUAAAAUCGUUUUACGAUCGAAAUGAUCCGACCGGGUGCGAACUGUGCCACAUCCGGACGGUGGCGGCGUUCGUCGCGCUGCUGCACCGUGUAUUGCUGUGCUGGAUUCAACGAACGGUGCAGGAUGAAGAAGAUGUAAGAAGAAUUCAACGAAUCUCGCAACACGCGACUCUACUACUGUACGAUCUGUUUCAAACCGCGUACCACAAGAAAUUGUUACGGCUCGGUGGCCACACGGUACGGUACCGACUGCGCGCAGUGUACAAUUGGCUUAAGAUGUACGAGAAAGCAUUCCACUUCCAGCGCGUUCACAGCAUCACGCUCGGAAUGCUCGAUAUGCGGCUUCUAAUGAGUGAUCCGCUACGUGCUUCGCUUGAGACGGAAAGUGAAGAGAUGGAGCAGGAAAAGAAGGCGGGUACAAGCGAAGAUGAUCGUAAGAUUGAAAGUAAAGCAAUAGUGGGAGAAUUGUUUACUGGGUUCUUCGCUACGUACCACAGCAAUAAUGCUACCCUCUUAGAAUAG